AUGGUAGAAACGGAUAGUUUCUACGAAGACAAAAAACGAAACAUCUUCUCUCAAAAGAUACCACUUUCAGACGACAAAUUUUCACAGAGGUGGAAAACUCGGGGAACUAACGAGGAAAAAAUAGAAAAGAUUCGAGGAAAAAUCCUCGAAAUGCUGGCAGACUGCGACGCGAAGGAGGACAUUCGGAUAGCAGGUACGUUUUCAGAUAUCCUGAACAGGCACGACGCGAUAGCCAAGUCAGACCUUUAUGAUCCAACAUUCGAAGAGAUCCUUGCUGCUCCGAUGUUGAAUCUAGCGAACAACGAUCCUCGUUCAGGUGUGUUAGAUUCGUCAAAUUCUCUUACACUGCGAAAGGUAUAAAAUUAACUAAGUACAGCAAUUUUCUUUUUUUUUUUUUAGGUCGAAUUGCUUCUUUCGCUCGCAUGUAGUACACUUAAUGAUAAUUCUCUUUAUUUCAUUUUCUUUUUAGUGAAAAUAUUGUUGGAUGA